GAGGCUGAUUCAACUGUGGAAUGUCGGGGUAAAUUAAUAAAGAGUUUUUGCUAUGUCUAAUGUGUUUCGCGCUUAGCAAGCAAAAUUCCAGAGCGGGUGAAAGCGAGUGAAGAAACAAUGAAGCGCUGUUGUUUUCCGAGCGGCAUUAUGUCAGGGGACUGCAGUGCAUGUUUUUCAUCCCAUGUCAACUGGCUUGCUUUUUUUUUGUGUGCGUAUGGCUCAGAUUUGCGGCUGCUAGAGAGGUUUUUAAAGGGGACAUCAAUUUUGGGGAUUUUUUUUAUUUGCGGAUUGCUUUUUGGGUUCGAGAGAAUUUUUUUCCCCCUUGGGUUCAAAGUGGAAUAUUCCAGGUGGAAUAUUGGCAAAUAUACAGGAGGGAUCUCAAAGACACAAGGUUUUUCCAGUAUGAACCGGGCUUUUAACAGGAAAAAAGAUAAAUCCUGGAUGCACACUCCAGAUGCACUGGCAAAGCAUUACAUACCCUACAAUGCCAAGUUUCUUGGAAACACAGAAGUUGACCAACCGAAAGGCACAGAGAUUGUUAAGGAAGCAGUUAGAAAGUUAAAGUUUCAAAGGCAUAUCAAGAAGUCAGAGGGACAGAAGACACAAAAAGUGGAAUUACAAAUCUCCAUUUACGGAGUAAAGAUCUUAGAUCCCAAGACAAAAGAUGUCCAGUACAACUGCCAGUUGCAUAGGAUAUCCUUCUGUGCAGAUGACAAGACUGAUAAAAGGAUAUUCACCUUCAUCUGCAAAGACUCCGAAUCAAACAAACACCUCUGCUACGUGUUUGACAGUGAAAAAUGUGCAGAGGAAGUAACACUCACUAUUGGCCAGGCGUUUGACUUGGCCUACAAGAAGUUCCUCGAGUCUGGUGGGAAAGAUGUGGAGACACGGAAACAGAUAGGAACCUUACAGAAAAGAAUUCAAGAACUGGAAACGGAAAAUUCUGGGCUUAAGAAGCAGCUUUGGGAACUGGAAGAGCAAUUGAUGAUUGCUCCUGUACCACCAGCUGGCAGCAUCUCCUUGAAACCUCCGAUGUCCACAGACGUUUUUGACAUGGUUCCCUUCUCUGCUGUCACACCCCUGGUGCCAAUUCCCGCAAGCAACGGCACACCCCCUCCCCCCACUACAACAUCUCCUCCAGACAUGAGUAAAGACCUUUUUGGAGCGGAACCCUUCGAUCCGUUCACCUGUGGGCAAGCCGACUUCCCACCAGAUAUCCAGUCCAGGCUGGACGAGAUGCAGGAGGGGUUCAAAAUGGGACUAACCCUAGAGGCCACUGUCUUUUCUCUUGAGCCACUAGGCGGUCGCUGCUGAUGCAAAGAAGACAUGUUUGUGUUACAUACUGUAAACUCAUUUUGUAUUAAAAAAGUGCCAGAUUGGGUCUACAGUCAAGAUGUCAAUGUUCUUCUAGUCCUUAAGGUUUAUAUGUAUUUGCAUAUGAAUUUGGUUUUAGAAUAUUCAAAAGGUAAUAUUCAAAUCUGAUAAAGAAAACAACACUAUUUUUCUAAGAACUGAUAUGGGAAGGAGUAUUUUUGAGACCCCUUGCUUUUAAAGGCAACGAAGGAUGUAAAUAGUAUGUCCAAUGGUAUACUCUGUGGCAGAGUUUUCAUGUACAUCUUAUGUUGUAGAAUGUAGCUUUAUUGAAUAUACACCACUUAGAUCAACGCUGUUAUUUGUCUGUCAGACGUAAUGACUUGCUCACCAUUAACUCACAAGACACGGAAAUGUAGUUGGUCUUGUGUUACCGCUCAUGUACCUAACUCUUAGCUUGUCCUUAAUUUGACCAUUUGAAAAUUUCCUCUGUUAUUUUUACUCAUUUUAUUUUUAGUGUAAUUAGUUCUGUUUUGACCUGACAUUUUAACUGAUUUAGUUGUAUUGUCUCAUUAAACAUUUUAACAGGUGCAUUUUACAUAUCGGUAUGUAUUGCCAGGGAUUUACUUUCUUAGGAUAUAUGUCAGUGUUCUCUUGCACCAGAAAGCACUUUGGAAAACCUCUGUCAGUGCUUGUUCUUUUAUUUUGCUGUUACAGUUAUUAACGAAAACAUUACUGCAUCAGUUAUCAACACUCAAAAAUUAUUGAAAUGUGUUGGCACUACAAUUAAAAAAUUAAAGUUAUGCAUUUUAAAUGUCAAAUUCUGGGGAUCAAGAAUUUUUGCUAACACUUUACAUAUAGUCAUUUUUAAGAGCAGUUACAAAAGUGCUAUCUAACAAAGAGAUAUUACAAUGUUACUAGUGUAAUUACAGCAUUACUGCACAGGUAUAAGAAAACAGCAACUUAAUGUAAAUUGUUUGCAUGUUGGAUAUUCUCAAGAUGUACAUGCGGAUAUUCAACCAUGGAUCUCCACUGAUGGUUCGGCUUUGAUGGACUUAUUCAAUAAGUCUGUUGCUUGGUGACAUCAUAAUAACAGUAAGUAAUACAAAAUUAAAAUAAAACCGUUUUAUUGUCA